GCAUAAAUAAACGUCAAAAGUCAAGGUAAAUACUUAAAUACACUGUGCGUGUGUACUCCUUACUAAACUUAUGAGUUUGGUCUAGUUAGACAACACUCUGUUGUUAAGACUGAUUACAAAUGCUACACUAUCCUUAAUGUAUCCAUAUGGUCACUGUUCUAAGUUCUAACAAUUUGAUUUGUCUGUUCAAUGUCCAUUCCAAUCCAAUCCUAUUCUGGAAGUGGAAUGAAAUUGUGAGCAAAUAGUGAGACAAAGAUGUACUGUAGGUUGGAUAGUCUUGUUUGUCAAGAUCGUCAUUAUUACCUGUAUUCAAGUAUCGGAGAUAGUUAAAAGGUUAACUUUAUAUUGACUGGUCUAUUGUCAACUAUAUAUACUUACUGUGUAUGUAAUUUAUUUCAAAUUUUUCUUACGAAACUAACGAAAUUAUGUUCUUUUUAAUUACAAUAUUUUUAGCAUCUAUAUGCCUUGUAUCUGAUAGUGUCCUGAGUGUUACGAAUAAUAUUGUGAUAAAAGCCUUAGUUGACAGUAGCACACAUGGUGUAGCUGCUGUCCUUUCAUGGUUAAUAGUUGUUUUAAAAUGUCAUAACAAAUCCACAAUGAUAAUAAACUCAGUAUUUGAAUUGUUUUUAUGUGGACUAAUGGCAUCUGCAAUUGAUAUCGACCACUUCAUUAUGGCAAAAUCCUUCAAAUUAAAGAAUGCUAUGAGUCUUGGAAAGAAGAGGCCAAUAUUUCACUGCACUACCUUGCCAAUCGUUAUCCUUCUAUUGCUACUCUCUGCAAGCUGGAUGUGGGAUUCUCCUAAAAUGUGGCGGUUUGGCUGGAUAACUUGGAUUUCCUUUUUCUCUCACCAUAUCAGAGAUGGCUUCAGAAGAGGAAUUUGGCUUUGGCCUCUUGGUUCUUCACCGCCAGUACCAUAUUAUGUUUACAUUCUGAUAACUUUAGCACUUCCUUAUUUAGUAAUGGUUCCAUUGAAAGGACAUAAUAAAAUAAGCUUACAACUUUCUAGUACAGGUUAUGUUACUGUAUGAUGGCAACUUAAGAAACAAAUAAUAAACAAAGUAUAAGCUUUUUAAAAGUUUUGAAUGUUGAAUGAAUAUCAGAUUUUGAUAUAUUUACCUGUAUAUCAAAUUAUUUUAUAAGUAAGAAUACUAUUUCCAAAAAUAUUUACUUAAUUAGUAUUCAGGUCUAUUAUUUCUUUUAAAAUUUCUUUAUGUUUAUAUUAAACCUUUUAGUGCCAGAAAUUGCUGUAAGCAGUGGUUCAUACUAGUGCAAAAAUUGCAGAGACGUUGACAUCAAUACUAUGUAUUUGUUUUAGCACCUUUUCCAUCUUUACUUUUCAAUGUUCUGGCUAAUAUAGCUAUAAUCCAAAUUUUUCAGUCUUGAGUUUUCACUCUUUCCCUACCUCUAUCUCAGUUUUGCCAAUGCAUUUUUAUGACAUUUGUUUUGUUUUUGGCUGGUAUCCGCUGAUUUUUCAGUUAUUACAAUUGGUGAAUUGUCCCGGUAUGAUUAAAGCGUCAUUAUUAUUUUGUUAGUUAAUAUUUGGUUUUUACACACAAAAAAUACAAUGAGUGAUAAACAAUUUGUUCAGAAGAUUACAAAAUAAAUAUGGAGUGUUUGUCUUAUUUUUAUUUUCAUUUACAGUUAGGCCGGUCAUUUACUUUAGCUGGAGGAUGAUCCAUAAAGUACUGAUUUCCAUAGAUCCAGCAGUGUUUAGAAUAUAAGUAAAUCAGUUAUGACUUAAGAAAAAAUAUGUAACAUUAGAAUUUCAGCAUAUAUGUGCAAUUUAUAAAAUAUUCUGUGAAUCUCUGCACAAAGGCAGGAAUCAGCUUGUCACCCAGUAAAAUUCUGACUGCCACUUCUACGGCAGAAAAUAUCUUUCUUGAAUGUAUAAUACAUAUUAAUUAACGUAAUGUGUAUCAAGCCUUGUUUAUUCUUUAUUGUUUACAACAUAAUGAAAACUUAUACAAGAUUCGUUAAAAAAAGGUUAUGAAUGGUGCAGCAAAAUGAUCUCUAAAUUACAUUUUCCAAUGGUAAGUUACUGUACUUUUUACACAGGAAUUGAUAAAACGGCAUGGCACUAAAAGAGUUGAUAUUUUUGUUAACUAAAACCAUUAAUAAUUUCAUUAUUUUUGACUAUACAGAAAUCAUUCCUCCAAGAAAUUACAUAAAACACAACUUAAGUUAUAUAAUUAUUUAUUGUUGAUAUUACAAUGUUUUCCUCAACUAUUAAAUCAAUUGAUAAAAUAGAUGAUUUUGACUUUGUACUUCAUGUGGAUAUUAACUUAGCUAUUUUAAACAUUUUAAGAAAUUCUAUCAUAAUUUACACUUGCACUUAGCUGUAGCAUUUUGCAUUACAUUUUGAUAUCUACCAUAUUUCAAGAUAAAAGCACCUCUAAUUUUUACUCAAAUCCUAUAUAAAUAGUUCACAGAAUUUGUUGAGAAUUUUUAACCAACCACAAGCAAUGUAAAUAGAUUUGAUUCUUACAAAGGACAAGUUCUGUAUUGAAAGUAGUGAUGAGCUUAUGUUUUGUGUAGACUGUUCCUGCUCACUUGUGUCACCUGUGAUGUAAACCUUAGAUUCACAGUGCUUCCGCCCUCAUAGGCUACACACUGAUUACAAUAAAAAGUUUGUGUUAGAAGCGAGUUUUUGCCUUGUUUGAAAUUAUAACGUGAUAUUUCAUGUUUUAUUAAGUAUUUUGAGAACUCUAUUAUUACUUAAAUUUGUUAAUAAUAAAUUAACAAAAAUAAAAUAAUAUUUCAAACAUUAAAUGAGGGGUUUGAAAGAACUAUUUUUGAAAGGUUAUUGAAAUUUUAUGUAUAAACUAUUUAAGUUAAAUGUUAUUUUUUUAUUGUCAACAACUUAUUUCCUAAAAUAUUGUUUCCUCACAAUUUAUUAUUUUUUAUGUUUAAAAUAUUAAUUUUUUAAAUAAAAAUAGUGACAAGGGAUAGGCUUCUUAAUGAUUGACCUUUCAAUAAAUACACACCAACCAAAAAUACACAAAGAACAAAAACUCACUAUAUGGAGUUCUUUCAUCAAUAAUUAAAACCACCCACAAGCUUGUUAUAGAAAAAAACCAUAUUGAAGUUUUCUUUCUUUGUAUUACUAUGUCAUUCACUGUUUAAAAUGAGUAUAAGUAAGUUAGUUAAAACUGAAUUAUGAAGUGACAAUUGUUAAUUUAUAAUUUUACCAUAUUUUAAAGAUAAAAAAUGCAUUACCUCUUAGAGGGUAUAUAUUAUUUUGUUACAAAUACUAACAUAAUUUUAGAUAUUAUCCUGAAGAUGUAGAACAAAUUGGUACAGUAAAACCCUGAUUAUCAGAAUUUUGAUUAUAGCAAACAUAGGUUAUCAGAAACUACUUAAGAAGUAGUGAAAACAGUUCCAGUAACCUUGAAUUGAGAAGCUACAGAAAGGACAAAUAAUAUUGGCAAGCGGCAACCCCAAUAUUAUAUUGACAGCAAAGUAUUUAUUGCAGAGGCUGUCAAUGGAGGACAGCACAGAACGCCAUAGUCACCAUUCCUUCAUCCUCCCCACUCUGCCACCACAAUCCCUUCCAUAUCUUAUCUUGGAAUAUCAGUGGCGCACUCGCCAACCUUGCUGGCAGUACCAAAAUCUGUUGCUCAGUGCUUAUUUUGCUGUGGCAAGUUCUUUGUUGUUUACUCUGGCCUCUGAUUUUUCAAGAAUAAAUAAGUUGAUUGCAAAUAUUGUAAAAUAAUACAUUAAAGUUAUGAUUUGAGUAUAUCUACAAUGAGGUUCUUCAUAUUAAUAUAACUCUUAUUAUUGGAUAUUUUGGUUGUCUGAAACAUGUUCAGCCACAAUUAUUUCUGAUAAUCAAGGUUUUACUAUAACUCAAUAUUAACUUAUCUAUACUAAUAUAAACAUCUAAUGAUGUCUGAGUGGAUGCUACUCAACACGUAAAAACUACUGGACCGAUUGGACUGAAAUUUAUAUAUGGACAUUAUUAGGGUCCCUGGUUAACAAAUAGCCCUAUUCCUAUUUUGAAAAUCCUUGAGCACUUCACUACCCAGUAUAUUAAUUUAUGGACUUGGCUUAAUUACCAGAUAGUAAAUGUGUUUUUAAUCACAUGUCAAAGGUGUCAAUUUAUACACAUUUAAACAGGUGAUAGUAAAUGUUUCAUAUAAUUAUCUGUCAAGGUCAGUUACACUUUACAAAUGCCAUAUAUGUGCAGAAGUUUUACUUUGUCUGGAUUUGUUUUUAUUGAAUUUUAAUCAAAUGCAAUAUAAUGCCAACAUUUAAAACAUCAAAUGAAAAGCUAUUCUAUCAUAUCUAAAAUUUAUUACACCAUUAGUGUGCUAACGGGAAAGCUAAGGACUUCAACUUUAGUCUCCCUUUAGACAGGAUUUCUCCAUACUGGCUGAAAAUAGUUCAAUUGUUACUGAAAUCAUUGCAGCUAUUCAAUAAAAUAUUAAAUAUUGGAGAGAAAUUUCAUGGGUACCUAUAAAAAAUUAUUGAAUUCUUUUAUCUAGUUUAAAAAAUUAUAUUGAAGACUGAAUAUUUAAUUACUAUUUGAUUGUACGAUGUCAACAGAAGAAAAACUAAUCACCAUGGCAUACAAUUUAUAGUUCUACAAAAUGUUCCUCAAAUUUUUCCCAUGUAAUUCUAUCAUAUAAGUAGAUUUUUCAAUAUCUGUACCACUUUGGUUUGAAUAUGAUCCAGAUAGAAAAUUUAUGCUUGCUAUUAUAGUGCUUACACUAGAUUAGGUAAAUUAGAUUUACAUGUACAACUUUUCAAUCAUACUUUUAAUGAUAAUCUUUCCUCCAUAUUACGACAAUAAAACAUGCAUUUAUAUUAUUUUAACAUUAAAUAAAUAAAGGUUUUAUUUCAGACUGAAUAUAAUUUCAAUAACUAAUGAUAAUGUUAUUGAUUUUUUGUGAAGUUUAAAUACAAGACAUGUAAUUUUGAUGAGAUUUAGUAAAUGUUAUUUCAAAUGUGAAUAUUUUAUGUUUCACAUUUGCACUUGUGCAACAGUGCCCAAUUUAUUAGUAAUACAUUUAUUAAAUAUCUCUUGAAAAUGUUAUUUUUCUGUAAAGGCUUGCCAUAGACUUAAUACAUAUAUUUCUUUUUUAUAUGACUUAUUUAAGAUAGUAAUAACUCUAGUGUUACUGUAUACUACUUUGAAGUGAAUUUAUUUAUUAUUAGAUACACAUGCAAUUUGUGUUUCUGCUGUGAUAUUUUAGACUGUUGCAAUUUGUAUUUAUUGAUAAUCAAUAAUAAAAGUGCAUUAUCAGUAUAA